AUGGGUGUCUUUGACUCUAUCCGAGGUCGAGACGACAAUGCCAGACUCACGAAGACUGUGGUCAACACUGAUGACCUCCAAACUGCUCAACCUGCAACCCAGACCGUCAAUGUUGACACUGAAAAUCCUGAGAAGCACCAUAUGCAGGUAGAGAGCAAGGAUACCCACCCAGACACUGUCCCUGUCGACAAUGAUGAAAAGAAGCACCUCGGAGAAGCUACCAGUGAUUCUGAUACCUCUUUCGGAGUCAAUGGUGUUGACGAUGAUGCAAAGGAAAUCGAACGUAACCCCGAGCAUGUUACCAAGCAGGCCGGCUUGGGUCAGCAGAAGGUCGAAGCUGCUGCUCUCGUUUGGAGCCGUCCUGCAGUUUAUGCCCUCUAUGCAUGGAUUUGGGUCUGUUUCUUUAUGCUGGCUCUGCACUCUGCCAUUGGCAGCAAUUUGAUCAAUUACGUUUACUCGGACUUCUCCCAGGCCCCACAGAUCUCCACCUCCUACAUCCUAGCCUCGAUUAUCGGUGGUGUUCUCAAACUACCUGUUGGAAAGACCUUGCAACUAUGGGGCCGUGCAGAAGCUCUGCUGGUCUCGAUCUGCAUCUAUAUCCUGGGCAUGAUUAUUCUUGCGGCUUGUAACGGUGCAAAUGCAUUUGCAGCCGGAUAUGUGCUCUACUGGAUCGGGUACUACUGCAUCUACCUCAUUCUUGAUGUCUUUGUGGCCGAUACAUCUGGACUUCGUUCUCGGGCAUUCGCCUUCGCAUUUGCUUCGACACCCUUCAUAUGUACCGCUUUCACAGGCUCUCUGGCUGCAACUUCUAUUCGACUUAGCUCUGGCUGGCGGUGGGGCUAUGGCAUGUUCUGCAUUAUUCAGCCCGCCGUCUUCUUGCCUUUGGUCAUCGUUUUCAAGUUUUACGAGAAAAAGGCUAUUGGACAAGGUGUUUGGACCCGCACUCCGAGUGGUCGUACGACAAUUCAGUCAAUCAUUCACUACAUUCACGAGUUCGAUGUUAUUGGCGCUUUGCUGCUUAUGAUUGCCUGGGUGCUAUUCCUUCUGCCAUUCAGCCUGGCACAGUACGGUCGCUCGCAAUACAAAGAUGCCAGCUUUAUCGCUCUAGUCGUUAUUGGAUUCAGCAUGCUAUUCGUCUUUGCCGCUUGGGAGAAGUGGUUUGCUCGAACUCAUUUCGUUCGCUACGAUCUCCUCAAGAAGCCCACCAUCCUCGGCGCCUGCAUUUGCUCAGCUGUGGUUUAUUUCAGCUUCUAUCUCUGGGACCAGUACUACUACAACUUCGUCCUGAUAACAUACGAUUUGAACUCCACCAUGGCUGGAUACAUGGCUCAGAUCUACAACGUUGGAUCCUGCUUCUGGUCACCAGUUCUGGGCGUUAUCAUCUACUUCACCCACCGCUUCAAGUACAUCUGUCUCUGUUUCGGAGUACCCCUAAUGAUCCUAGGCUCAGGUCUAAUGAUUCACUUCCGCGGCUCAGACUACGGCAUCGGCUACAUAGUCAUGUGUCAGAUCUUCAUCGCUUUCGGAGGUGGCACUCUAGUGAUCGGAGAAGACAUGGCCGUCAUGGCAGCUGGUGGCCGCGAGGGAACUCCAAUCAUGCUAGCAUUGAUCGGUCUAUUCUCCAGCAUUGGCGGUGGUAUUGGUUACGCUGUCUCCGCUGCUAUCUACAAUAACGCCUUCGUCGAUGCUCUCACUAGCCAUCUACCCGAUGACCUAAAGGCAAACGCUACCCAGAUCUACACUGAUGGUAUUUCCGUGCAGGAACUCUACCCUGUCGGAAGCGAGCUCCGCGAUGCUACCGUCUAUGCGUGGGGUUACGCUCAGCGAAUGAACUGCAUUGCGUCGACCUGUCUUCUGAUCCUUCUUAUCCCAGCUGUUGCUGUUUGGAAGAAUUACGAUGUGAGCAAGAAGCAGAACAAGGGUACUAUGGCCUUUGAGUAG